AUGCAUGAUCCUGAGAGCUAUGCAGCCUAUUUGGCCCGGGCACGUGCCAAAAUUGAUGAUGUUAUGGAUGAAUGGGCUACUGCUAAUGGUGCUUCAUACCGUCUGGCAGCCUUAAGACAACCUUCUCAUCGACGACAUUACGUUGGUCAACGGGUUCGCCUGAAGAUUUUCCAUGGCAACAAUGCUCCGGCCCGCAAGUUGCUUCCUAAAUGGCAGGCAGACUGGUACAUUUUCAAGUUUGUUGCUGGAUCUAAUAACAAGACGGUGGUAGUUCGACAUUUCCCAGAUCUACAGAAGAAGGUCAUUUCUACCGACUAUAUAUUGGCAGAUCCAGUUCAACCAGAAAUGAUACCGGUUCAGCUCAAUAUUGUGAGAAUGGAACCUCCUGUUGAUGAAGCUCCAAGGGUUCCCUUGUAUCCUUUCAAGGAAAUCCCUAUAACGGUUCCGGUAUUGCAAGAAGACCCUUUGGAUCAUUUUGCAGAUUCCGAUGAAGUUUCGUCAUAUGUCGCCGAGAUGGGUUCUCCUUCUCAUGAUAGGCCAUAUCAGCCUCAACCUUCGGCAUAUUGGGUUGCUCAAGAUGAUACUGAUGUGCUACAACCACUACCACAG